CAGGGGCGUCUCUUCUCUCUGCAGAUCCCCUCUGAAGCAGCUGGGAACUCAGAAGGCUCCCCAUCCUGGAGGAGAGUUUCAGCCAGAGAGGGAGAAGGGAUGGCGUGCAGCCCACCCAGGGCUUGAGGUGGAGCGAAAUCCACAGCCUGUUGGACCUGGAGCCUCCGAGUGGGGGUUGCACCACUGGGGUGACUCAAGAAGAAUCGAUGCUACAGGCCCCAGCGACAUGUACAUGGUGUAAUGACAGGAAAUGAGCAGGUUGGCCGAAAAGCUGGUGGCCUGAAAUUGAAGACUAAGGCGUUGGUGCUUGGCUCGGGCGGAGAACAUGGCCAAUGGCAUUGACGAGCUCAUCGGCAUUCCCUUCCCCAACCACAGCAGCGAGGUGCUGUGCAGCCUCAACGAGCAGCGGCACGAUGGCCUGCUCUGCGACGUGCUCCUGGUGGUGCAGGAGCAGGAGUACCGCACGCACCGCUCGGUCCUGGCCGCCUGCAGCAAGUAUUUCAAGAAGCUCUUCACGGCCGGCAGCCUAGCCAGCCAGCCCUACGUGUACGAGAUCGACUUCGUGCAGCCCGAGGCGCUGGCCGCCAUCCUGGAGUUCGCCUACACCUCCACGCUCACCAUCACCGCCUCCAACGUCAAGCACAUCCUCAACGCCGCCCGGAUGCUGGAGAUCCAGUGCAUCGUGAACGUGUGCCUGGAGAUCAUGGAGCCCGGCGGCGAGGGCGGCGAGGAGGACGACAAGGAGGAUGACGACGACGACGAAGACGACGACGACGAGGAGGACGAAGAGGAGGAGGAGGAGGAAGAGGAGGAGGACGACGACGAUACGGAGGACUUUGCUGACCAAGAAAACCUGCCUGACCCCCAGGACAUCAACUGCCACCAAAGCCCCUCCAAGACGGACCAUCUCACGGAGAAGGCCUAUUCAGACACACCCAGGGACUUCCCAGACUCCUUCCAGGCCGGCAGCCCUGGCCAUCUAGGGGUGAUCCGGGACUUCUCCAUCGAAUCUCUGCUGAGGGAGAACCUGUACCCCAAAGCCAACAUCCCUGACCGGAGACCCUCCUUAUCUCCAUUUGCCCCAGACUUCUUCCCACACCUCUGGCCGGGAGACUUUGGUGCCUUUGCCCAGCUGCCUGAGCAGCCAAUGGACAGUGGGCCAUUGGAUCUGGUCAUCAAAAACCGGAAGAUCAAGGAGGAAGAGAAGGAAGAGCUGCCCCCGCCCCCUCCCCCACCCUUCCCUAGCGACUUCUUCAAGGACAUGUUCCCUGACCUGCCUGGGGGACCACUAGGCCCCAUCAAGGCAGAGAACGACUACGGUGCCUAUCUCAACUUCUUGAGUGCCACCCACCUGGGGAGCCUCUUCCCACCCUGGCCACUGGUGGAGGAGCGCAAGCUGAAGCCCAAGGCAUCUCAGCAGUGCCCCAUCUGCCACAAAGUCAUCAUGGGGGCCGGGAAGCUGCCGCGGCACAUGAGGACCCACACCGGGGAGAAGCCAUACAUGUGCAACAUCUGCGAGGUCCGCUUCACCAGGCAGGACAAGCUGAAGAUCCACAUGCGGAAGCACACAGGGGAGCGGCCCUACCUGUGCAUUCACUGCAACGCCAAGUUUGUGCACAACUACGACCUCAAGAACCACAUGCGCAUCCACACGGGCGUGCGGCCCUACCAGUGCGAGUUCUGCUACAAGAGCUUCACGCGCUCCGACCACCUGCACCGCCACAUCAAGCGCCAGAGCUGCCGCAUGGCCCGGCCCCGGCGCGGCCGCAAACCCGCCGCCUGGAGGGCCGCCAGCCUGCUCUUUGGCCCUGGCGGCCCAGCGCCCGAAAAGGCGGCCUUCGUGAUGCCACCUGCGCUGGGCGAGGUGGGCGGCCACCUGGGCGGCGCCGCCGUGUGCCUCCCGGGCCCCAGCCCCACCAAGCACUUCCUGGCGGCACCCAAGGGCGCGCUGAGCCUGCAGGAGCUGGAGCGGCAGUUCGAGGAGACGCAGAUGAAGCUGUUCGGGCGCGCGCAGCUGGAGGCCGAGAGGAACGCGGGCGGCCUCCUGGCCUUGGCGCUGGCCGAGAACGUGGCCGCCGCGCGGCCCUAUUUCCCGCUGCCGGACCCCUGGGCCGCGGGCCUGGCCGGCCUCCCAGGGCUCGCUGGCCUCAACCACGUGGCCUCCAUCUCAGAAGCCAACAACUAGGCUGGCCUUGGUCAACCCCAGCUGGCCAGCCCUGUCCUCUCUCCCAGCAGGCCCAGCCUGCCCCACCCAGUGGGUCUGAACCUUUAUUUCACAAACACAAAGGGAAAACGAGAAAAUACACACUAGCAGGAUUGUAUUUCCAGGGCUCCAAGGCAGCCACCUCCCUUUUGCUGGUGUCUGAGAUGGGCAUCUCCUCCCAGGGAUCCUGGAGCAGGGCCUCCUCUCCUUGGCUAUUUAUCUGUCUUGCACAGAAACUCACAGGGGCCCAUGCCACAGAGGAGGGCCACAUGGCUGGGUGCAUAGGAACACUUUGGAAGCAGGUAGAGCUAUAAGGAGGGGAUUUCUUGGCGGGAAGGCAGGCCAGGUGAGCAGGAAUGAGGGCAGUAUCCUGGGCACACAUCUUGCUUGGCUCCCCACUGCCUUAUGGGGGGUCCCUCCCAGCCCUGCUCUGAGGAUGGUAUCCUAGUCUCCAGACAUCCCGGGAUCCUUCAGAGAAAUGCCUGCCUGCCACCCAGAAUGAAAUGCCUUACUGGCAAGGAGGCCUCCUAGAGCCAGGAGCCAGGCCACUGGAGUCUGGGCCCAUUUUUUUUCUUCCCUAUCCUGUGACCUUGGACAGGUCAACCCUCUGUGCCUCCGUGUCACCUGCUAUGAAAGGGGUUGGUGAUUUAGUGUCCUUUCCCCUGACCACCACACUCAUACACGCCAACCUUCCAACGAGAGUCCUUGAAACUGUAGAAGGCUUGCAUCCCAAAGUCCCUGGGGAAACCGCUUCUCUUACUGGACUUAGUAUUAUCACCUCCACUUCAGUCUUAGCACUGUUAGCAUAGGUGAGAAAUGUGGCCCAACCAGAUGAGAAUGAGAGAGAGGUGGGGCCGGAAUCACUGCUUGUCCACAGGCAGCUCUGGGGGCUCACAUUUCCCUACUUCCCUACAGGCCACUGUUAGUGUCUGGACCCCUGGGAACGCCAGUCAGCAUUGUCCCACCCCACAUGCCCUCUCCAAGGCUGUACAGAAUCUCUUGGAACCUGUGGGGCCAAAUUGAAGGGCUAGGGCCUGCUUUCAACACCUAGCAGCUGCCUACCUUCACCCUGACUCCUAGAGACACAAAGUGCAUAGUUACCCAGGGGUCACCUCUUCGCUUCUCGAGUUGGGGGCUCUCUGGGCCUUGCUGUUGCUGGUGAUGGCCCCUUUGCUGUGCUUGAGCCCCUCCCUCCCUUCCUCCACCCUCCUGGAUGAAGCUGCCAUAUUGGACCCCAUCCCCAUUUUGAGAAAAGAGCUCAAGGUAGAAGGCAGUAGCCUUUGGGGCCUGAACGAUGUCCCCUAGUUAGGAUGUCCCAUCCUGUCCUAGCCCUGGGGUUGGUGGCAGAUCCUGAGAAGGAAGACAGCUCUGCUGGCCCAGUGCCUUCCUGACUGCUCUCUCCUUUUCCUCCCUUCUUUUUCUUGCUGAGUUUGCUUUGGUUUCUCAGUAGCCCAGAGAGGACAGUGCAUCCGCCCAGAGGGCCCAGGGCUGGAGCCCCCAGUCCCUGAGCUGUGGUUGCAAGAGACUUGGCUCUUCCUAUCGCCUUGGCUUUUUCCUGAACAAAUAACAAAAAUUAACAAAAAGGCCAGAGAAGACCACAGACUCUGUCCCUCUCCCAGCUCCCCAGAAGAGACUCCCAGACUCCUCCCUGUGCCACCAGCUGCCAUUCCAGCCAGGCAGAAUGGCCUCAUAUCCUGUCCCCAUCUUCCCUGCCAUCCUCUACCUGGGAUUCCAGGCUCCAUUUCCAAUGCUUCUGUCUGGGACCUGCCAGCCAACAUGGCUCAUGCCUCCCAUCAGCCAAGGGACUGGGACCGAACCAAACUUGAAAAAAAAAAAAAAAAAAAAAAAAAAAGUAACUGGAAUCCGGUGGUGUUGGGGCUUUUGUUUUUAUUUUGUAAAGGUAAUGACUUCUUAUAAACUCAGUUUUUCAGAUGACUGGUUAGUUCUUUCUGUUUUUUCUUGGCUGCAGUUUGGAGUUGUAUAUUGUAAAAUAUCCAAAGAUGUCGAGUACUGUAUGAUCAAGAACUUGAAGCAAAUGGGUCGUCGGGGGAGGGGGUUGGAUGUGUUUUGUUUGUUUCAACUUUUUUUUUUUUUUAAUGUUUCUGAUUUCUCUGUCUGUGGGAGAACUUUGGAAUUUUUUCUAUUUAUAACUCUUUUUAUGUGACUGCUCUAUGUAAAAUGACACUCAGCAAAAGUUUGCCUUAGUGAUUCAAGGGACAAUCUUCCAUAACUUUGGUCGCACGCUGCAUCCUACCAAGCAAACUCUCAGCUAAUUUUCUGGCCUAUUUAUUAAACAGUAUUCAUUGACUUGA